AUGGCUCUCACCUGGGGCCCUCAGUACAAGUUCAAUGUGAUGUUCCUUUGCAAUCACAAUUCUUGCCGCUCACAGAUGGCAGAUGGCUGGCUGCGGACUCUUCGGGGCUCAGCUUCCGUUGGCGUGGCCUCUGCGGGCAUUGUGGGUGGCACGGCUGUGAAAGAGGGUGCCAUCACGGUGAUGAAGGAGGCUGGUGUCGACAUCUCUUCCUUUACGUCGGAUGCCAUGGCAGACUUCAAGGCUGAGGACUUUGAUGUUGUGAUCUCCUGUUGCGGCUGUGGAAGCAAGUUGGACGGGGAGAAGGAGGUCUGGAAAAAGCGUGCCGUCUUCAUGGAUUGGAAUUUGGAUGACCCGCCUGCCAUCGAUCCUGGAGAUCUCUCUGCGUACAAGCGAGUCCGGGACGAGUGCAAGGUGAAGGUACAGGAACUCCUGGACAUGCUGAGUAAGCCGUAUGGUCCCCACUACAAGAAGAACGUGAUGUUCCUGUGCAACCACAACUCUUGCCGAUCUCAGAUGGCAGACGGGUGGCUCCGGGAGCUUCGUGGCUCUGCUUCUGUCGGCGUGGCCUCCGCCGGCAUUGUGGGUGGCACCGCGGUGAAGGAGGGCGCCAUCAAGGUCAUGAAGGAUGCUGGGGUGGACAUCUCAUCCUUUACUUCCGACGCAAUGGCGGACUUCAAGCCCGAGGACUUCGACGUUGUGAUCUCCUGCUGCGGCUGUGGAAGCAAACUCGACGGAGAUAAAGAGGUGUGGAAGAAGCGCCCUGUGUUCAUGGACUGGAACUUGGAUGACCCGCCCGCGAUCGACCCUGGUGACUUCUCCGCGUACAAGCGUGUGCGCGAUGAAAGCAAAGCCAAAGUUCAAGAACUUCUGGACAUGGUGCAGAAAACGUAUGGCCCUCACUACAAGAAGAACGUGAUGUUCCUGUGCAACCACAACUCCUGCAGAUCGCAAAUGGCCGACGGCUGGCUCCGCGCCUUGCGCGGUUCGGCCUCGGUGGGCGUGGCUUCCGCGGGCAUUGUGGGGGGCACGGCGGUGAAGGAGGGCGCCAUCACCGUCAUGAAAGAAGCGGGGGUUGACAUCUCGUCCUUCUCUUCUGAUGCCAUGGCAGAUUUUAAUCCGGAGCACUUUCAGGCCGUGAUCUCUUGCUGCGGCUGCGGGAGUAAGCUGGACGGUGACAAGGAGGCUUGGAAGAAGCGCCCUUACUUUGCCGACUGGAAUCUCGACGACCCUCCUGCCAUUGAUCCUGGAGAUCUGUCUGCAUACCGCCGGGUCCGCGACGAGAGCAGGGCGAAGGUGACGGAGCUGAUUCAGCUCCUAUCUGCUGAGUCGCCAGCUGCGAACACGGCUGGCCUUGAUGAGGUGAUCAAUUCCAAUGACAUGGUGGUCUUUUCCAGCAGCAGCUGCCCAUUUUGCCAGAAAGCUUUGGCAGCCCUCCGUGAUGCAGGCUAUUCCCCGAAGGUCGUGGAAGACUUUGACCAAAGUGCUCUCAGCGCCAAGUGUGGCUCGACCAGCGUCCCCAAGGUCUUUGUCAAGCAGAACUUCAUUGGAGGCUGCAAUGACGGCGGAAUGGGAGGCACUUUGCCGCUCCUGAAGAACGGCAAGAUCAAGGAGCUCAUGGGGAAGUGA